CUUGUGCAACACGCAUUCUCAUCAGGAUAGUGGGUAUGAAAUGAACUCCCAUGGAGCAGCGCUCUCCAAGGGACGCCCAGAGAGAUGCGCUCUGCCAGGCCUGACAGCAGAUGAAGAUGACGGCCUUCUAGUCACAAGCAUCAAUCACACCAAGGACCUAAUGAGGAUGUCCACACUGCACUGGGCUGAGGCGGGCGUGUGCCAGAGCUCGGCGUCCUGGUUGGAGUCCAACAGCCUGCGGAGCUGCGGCCUCUCCCUGCCUCACUUCCUGUCCGGCUGCUGCUCCCGUUCACCUGGGCCCACAGGUGAUAAACUGGAUAUCUUUGCAGAAGAACUCCAAAACUUUGAGCUGGAGCUCUACCAGAGGAUUGAGCUUUACCACAGCAGGAUCAGAUGGCUGACGGAGGGAAGCCGGAAGGUCUUUGGAGUCGUGAGAGGUUCCAAGGUCGCUGUCUUGGUAGACACCUCAGAUGGGAACUGCUCCGCAGACAGACUGGUUGACUUUCAGAGGAACCUUCUGGAUCUGCUCGACAAGCAGCUGAGGCACAAGAGUGAAAUCUGCCUCAUCUCAUUUGGGUCAGAGGCGACCUCGCUGUGGGAUGGCCUUAGAGACACCUCUCCACUCAGGCUGCGUGAGGGGAGCCAGUGGGUGCUGCAGCUGGGCCCUAGUGGAGGCUGUGGGCUACUGCAGGCUCUCCACACAGCUCUGGCCCUGCAGGACAUAGACUCACUACUCAUCAUCCUGGGCUCCUGCCCUGAUCAGCCUUCGGCGCUCCUCUGUGACGUCAUGCAGCAAUGCUUGCUGGGAAGGCAGGUGUGCGUCCAUGCUGUGGCCUACUGCGGUGCUUCUCCUGGCACUAUAGAAAGUGUGAAGAGGCUUGCGGAAGCCACACAGGGUAGCUACCACCUGUUCUCACCUUCACUGGGUGUGCUGGACGACAGCACUGAUCUGGAGCUGCUGUGGGCUGAAAUCAAAGCUGCCAGAGAUGUCCUCAGUCACGUCCACAGCGUGCGCUCUGGACAUGUGGAAGACACUGAGGUGGUGAGAGGAAUAGAGGAUAUGUCACUGUCUGAGAAGACGACCGGGACAAACCAGCUCAACGGCCCUUUAAACAUCCAGCCCAAAGGCCUGCUGCCCGUCACCUCACUGGAGUGGCUGAAGACCCACGGCCUGAGAGCUCAGAAGCUGGGGCUGUACCAAGUGCUGGCCCCCAAUGCCUAUUCUGCUCUCCAGGAGUAUGUGCCCAUUUUGGGGAAGACGGUAACAGCAACUGUGCAUGAGAGAGCGAUGGUGCCGUUUGAGUGGCAUGAUGGGAGUGUGAAGAAUCUUCAUGUGGACCUGCCCCAGCUCUUCCAGUACCAGAAGCGUCUGCGGAGAGCCAUGCGGGAGCUGGAGAGGAGGCUGCAGUGGCUCAACAGUACGGGCAGCAGGCAGAUAUGGGGCACAGUGUGUGAGGCCAGGGUGCAUAUUCUGGUGGACGUUUCGAGCCCUAAUGAGCGUCACUGGCUCCACGUGCUGCUCUGCCUCCGUCUGCUCCUGGAGGAACAUCUCAGCAGCCAGCAGAGCUUCAAUGUCACCGUGUUUGGUACGGAGGUGGCGUCCUGGAGAGAAGCCCAGGUUCCUGUUUCUCACAAGAGCCUUCAAGAGGCCUGGCAGUGGCUCCAGGGCUGCCAAUGUGCUGGGGGCCGUAACACCCUGGGGGCCCUGAGGCUGGCCCUGGAGGGGGACCCUCACCACGCUAGGGCCACCACACAGCCCCAGGGCCUCUACCUCUUCACCACCGGAGUGCCUGACCAGGACAUGGCAGCAGUGAGUGCAUACGUCUCUGAGUGCUGCAGCACUGUGGAUGCCAGGCUCCACGUCUGCCUCUUCACUGACCCCCAAGGGACCCCCAGCAGCAGCCCGUCACCCACGCACCCCCUCUCGUCACCCACGCACCCCCUCUCGUCAGCCACGCACCCUCUCACAUCAGCAGACACCGCCCUGGCACUGCGGACACUGGCGAAGGCUGGGAGGGGCCGCUUCCACUGGAUCAGCCCGACAGGCAUUGUUGAAAGUGAUGACGUCAACACCCUAAUUGGUGAGAUGGAAAAGGCUGCUUGUUAUUGGCAGAAGGUGAGAGUACGUCUCUCAACUCAACACCUACAUGCUGUACAUUGCAGUGAGCUGGUGGAGACCCUCAUCCAGAGGACCUCUGGCAGGGCUCCGGGUGCAGGCCAGGCUCGGCCGAGCAGCGCCCCAGUCAAGAGUGCCCUAUCCGGGGCACAACAGCACAAACUCCCCCCACCCCGACCCACCCUGCUCACCCUCACUCGACUGUCAAAUAAGGAUAACAGCCUAAUCAAAGCCUCCCCACAAAGAGCUCUAUCAUGGCGGCCAAGCAGUGCCAAGGCUGUUAUCCCCCCAGCCAAGCCUGUGAGUGGCUGGAAGCCAGUGGAGAGUGACUGCAAAGGAAGGAAAGUCAAAGCAUCUCAGUCAUUCUUCUUCUUAGAGGAUGGGAGUAUGGGUAUGGUUUUUAAGGCAUACCCAAAGGCGCGAAGAACCCGAAAAGAGAUCGUGUCAGCGAAGCUGCCAAAGCGUAAUGACAUUUGCACAACCAAAAAGUGGCUGAAGCAGUAUGGGAUCAGGAGCUUGAGGCUGGAUCUCCACAAGUUGGUCUCAGGGCCUGACUGCGUUCACCAUAAGAAACUCGUACAGCUCACCGAGCAGAAAGGCACCACAAAAUACUGCGCUGUCCUUCCCAGUGUGGAGCUGAACGGCCGCGUGAGGCAUCUGCAGAUGAGCCCGGGGGAGCUGCAGCAGUAUGUGUGUGAGGCCCAGAGGCUGCUGCUACUCUACCACCACAGGAUGCACUGGCUGCUCUCCGGGAGUCGGCGUGUGUUUGGCGUGGUGGUGGAAAGGUCCGCGUGUUUCCUGCUGGACGUGUCCGGCUCCAUGGCCCCACACCUGCCAGAGCUGCAGAGGGAGCUGGCCUCACUGAUCUGGGAACAGCUGCACGGCCAAGGAGUCAGGUUCACCCUGAUGGCGUUCUCUGGGGACGUGAGGCCCUGGCGUGCGGAGCUGGUGGAACCCUCUGAGGACUCCUGCAGGCUGGCUGUUGAUUGGCUGUCCCAGCUCACCUGCCACGGGGGCACCUGCACUCUGGAGGCCCUGCAGGCUGCGUGUGCGUUAGGAGACUCAGUGGGCUGCUACCUGGUAAGCGAUGGGCGUCCCGACUCCAGCUGCGGGAGGGUACUGCGGGAGGCAGAGAGGCUGGCAGCCCACACUGGCAUCACCAUCCACACCAUCGCCUUCCACUGCCCACACAGCGCCGAAAAGGAGUUCUUGAAGACACUGGCGCAUAAGACGGGUGGCCGCUUCUGCUGUGCCCAUGAAGAUGCCCACGCCGCAGAGGGCCUCACGUCUCCUGAGCACUGGGGGAGCGAACUGACAGAUGCACAGGAGCUGGCAGCAGUGCCUGCGUUUGAGGGCGACGACUUGAGGAGACUGGGGCAGGAGAUGAGGAAGCUGCUGCAGUUCCAGAGAGAGGCGCGUGGUUUCAGAAACACCCUUUUGGAGAAGAAAGACCAUGAAGUAACUUGA